AUGCCCUUCCGCCAUUUCACUGACCGGGAACUCGAGCUGGUUCGCGCUUGGAAGCUUGAAGGGCGGCGCCCUGCCGAGAUUGCGGAGCUGCUGGGACGGCACAUUUCCACGAUCGUCCGGCACUUCCAGCGGCUGUCCCGGGGCCGGGCUGCCAAGCGGCAGCCCACAGGACGACCGCCCAGCCUGACUCAGCGCCAAGUCGACCAAGUUGUGAGCACAACCCAGCGGCUUGUGAAAGAAGCCAAAGCUCAGUGGCAGGUCACGGCUGCCAUGGUGCGACAGGCGCUGCGUCUGAAAUGCUCUGUUCUGCAUGAGCGCGGGAUCACCUUUCGACCAAUGCGCCAGAAGCCGCUGCGCACUACGGCUGAUGAGCACACCCGACUGGAGUGGGGGAAGAAAUACGCCCCAAAAAGGGCAUCCUUCUGGUCUGAGAGGGUGCACGCCUACCUGGACAACAAGUUCUUCCCCGUCUACCCGAACCACAAGGCAAGGUGCUACGCUGCCAAGCGCGCCACUGGUACCUACCGAGCAAGGGGCGAGGGCUUGGGCGAGGGGCAUGUUCGACCACGCAAGACCUUGAAAGUGUCUUGGGGGAAGAGUGUCAACGUGGCGGUGGCCCUGAGUGCCCAGAAGGUUCUGAUGUGCCACGUGGUGGAAGGCCACUGGAAUGCAGCGGAGGCCUGCCGCAUGUAUGCACGGAGCCUGGGCCCUGCCCUGCGACGCGCAAGCCCCGAGCUCGACCGGUUUGUGGUGCUGGAGGACAACGAUCCCAGCGGCUACAAGAGCCGGGCGGCCAGGGACACAAAGGUGGAGCAGCGGAUCAGCGUGCUGGAGAUCCCAAAGCGCUCGCCUGACGUCAACCCACUCGACUACGGCUUCUGGGCCCACGUCAAUGAGCGGCUGCGCGUGCAGGAGAGCCGCUUCGGCGUCAAUUUUCGUGAAUCCAGAGACCACUUUGUGCGCCGGCUCAGGCGCACGAUCCUGCGCACCCACCCGGCCUUCCUGCGCUCAUUGGUGACAUCCAUGAAGCGGCGAGCAGUGGCCUUGGUGGCCGCCAAAGGGCGGGACUUUGAGGAGAAGCACAUGCACUACACGCACGUCCGCACCACGUCGGCGGGCACCGGGACCCGGGCUGGGUUCUGGGAGCACAUCCUCCAAGUCUACCGAGAAGCAUACCCAGACGCUGAUGGUUUGCGGGACGAGCACCAUCAUUGCCCAGUGUACUGCAGCAAGCGGCACUACUGGAAGCGUGUGGCUGACAUCUCCUACCAGAAGUACAAGGUGAAGCUCCACGCGGCCACGCACGACGGGUACUACACCAUGUAUUCUUACAUCACCGCCCCGACUACGAAGAAGCCCUUGGCUGUUGGACGCGGAGACGCCCUGCGGCAGUUGCUGGAAGCAGGCGCCAUUGCUGCCCGUGCCUUGAAUGGACGUCAACACAAGCAACAAGCUGAAGAAGCUCCGCAACGUGCGCCGCAGAAGCGCUUCCGCUCCGGGGACAUCUUCACCCUCAUGGAGGAGCACAACUUGCAGAAUGUCCUGGACUUGCAAGGGCUGGCCAACUCCUUGGCCCAGCAAGGCAACCCUCGCUUGGCGCAGUUCUGCACAAGCAUGGGUGAGGACCGCUUGGGUCAGCUGCUCAAUGCAGCACGUGGUGUCAUGGAAGCACCCACGCGUGUGGCCAUGCGCCAGCACUCCCGUUUGGACACCUUGCGGGACGCAGCCAUGACUAGUCCUUGCACCUGCAGCGGCGUGUGGGCUCCAGCUGCUCUUCGCACCUUGACCAACAACCAAGAGGAUGUGCGCAGGUUCUGCCAAGACGUCUGCCGCGCCCUGCAGUUGGGAGCUCGGCGGGGCGUCAACCUCGCAAUUGUCGGCGUCCCAGGCAGCGGCAAAAGCAUGCUCCUUGAGCCCUUGGACGGCAUCUUUCAGGUCAUGGGGAAACCUGAAGCCCGGAGCUCCUUCCCUUUGGCCGGUGCUUUGGAUGCGCAGGUGUUGCUGUGGCAAGACUACAAGCACCAGGAUCAGACUGUGCUUUUUGAGGACUUGCUCUCCCUCACCGUGGGGGAAAUGAUCUCAGUCCGAGUGCCACACCAAAAGAACCAGACCUUCCGCAACGUCGCGCCCCUCUUCUACACCUCCAACUUCCCGCUGCAGGUGCGCCGGCCUGACUUGGAGGAGGCCACGCGCUUGAACCAAGCCAUGGCCGAGCGCUUCUGCACGCGUCAGUGGAAGAUGCCGUUGCCAGAAGCCGAGCGGAUCCCGGACCUGCCUCGAUGCUCACGGUGCUGCGCCGCGUUCUACCUUGCCAACAAUUGCGGAGCUGCUGGGACGGCACAUUUCAUCGUCCGGCACUUCCAGCGGCUGUCCCGGGGCCGGGCUGCCAAGCGGCAGCCCACAGGUCACGGCUGCCAUGGCAUCGCCCGCUGCGUGCGGAAAUGCUCUGUCAAGACCAUCCGCAAAGUUCUGCAUGAGCGCGGGAUCACCUUUCGACCAAUGCGCCAGAAGCCGCUGCGCACUACGGCUGAUGAGCACACCCGACUGGAGUGGGGGAAGAAAUACGCCCCAAAAAGGGCAUCCUUCUGGUCUGAGAGGGUGCACGCCUACCUGGACAACAAGUUCUUCCCCGUCUACCCGAACCACAAGGCAAGGUGCUACGCUGCCAAGCGCGCCACUGGUACCUACCGAGCAAGGGGCGAGGGCUUGGGCGAGGGGCAUGUUCGACCACGCAAGACCUUGAAAGUGUCUUGGGGGAAGAGUGUCAACGUGGCGGUGGCCCUGAGUGCCCAGAAGGUUCUGAUGUGCCACGUGGUGGAAGGCCACUGGAAUGCAGCGGAGGCCUGCCGCAUGUAUGCACGGAGCCUGGGCCCUGCCCUGCGACGCGCAAGCCCCGAGCUCGACCGGUUUGUGGUGCUGGAGGACAACGAUCCCAGCGGCUACAAGAGCCGGGCGGCCAGGGACACAAAGGUGGAGCAGCGGAUCAGCGUGCUGGAGAUCCCAAAGCGCUCGCCUGACGUCAACCCACUCGACUACGGCUUCUGGGCCCACGUCAAUGAGCGGCUGCGCGUGCAGGAGAGCCGCUUCGGCGUCAAUUUUCGUGAAUCCAGAGACCACUUUGUGCGCCGGCUCAGGCGCACGAUCCUGCGCACCCACCCGGCCUUCCUGCGCUCAUUGGUGACAUCCAUGAAGCGGCGAGCAGUGGCCUUGGUGGCCGCCAAAGGGCGGGACUUUGAGGCGUGGUUCCAGGGGUUGGCCCUGCGCAGCCUGCGGGCGUGGCGCUGCCAGUGGCAGCCGCUGCUGCCGAACUUGGCGAGUCAACCAGAACGCUGCUUCGAGUGCAAUCCUGCUGAGAGACUGGCGGACUGCACGGCCUUGUCGGUGGAUGUGCAGAGGAAGCACAUGCACUACACGCACGUCCGCACCACGUCGGCGGGCGACCGGCAGCCUUCCACCUUCACCCGGGCUGGGUUCUGGGAGCACAUCCUCCAAGUCUACCGAGAAGCAUACCCAGACGCUGCCAACCCCACGGGCUCCAUCGUGCAGUUUGGGGCAGUGGCGAAGGAGCGGCAUGCGGCCUCGCAGGAUGGUUUGCGGGACGAGCACCAUCAUUGCCCAGUGUACUGCAGCAAGCGGCACUACUGGAAGCGUGUGGCUGACAUCUCCUACCAGAAGUACAAGGUGAAGCUCCACGCGGCCACGCACGGGUACUACACCAUGUAUUCUUACAUCACCGCCCCGACUACGAAGAAGCCCUUGGCUGCAUUGGACGCGGAGGUGUUCUUGUCGGUGGACCACCCGCGUGGAGACGCCCUGCGGCAGUUGCUGGAAGCAGGCGCCAUUGCUGCCCGUGCCUUGAAUGGACGUCAACACAAGCAACAAGCUGAAGAAGCUCCGCAACGUGCGCCGCAGAAGCGCUUCCGCUCCGGGGACAUCUUCACCCUCAUGGAGGAGCACAACUUGCAGAAUGUCCUGGACUUGCAAGGGCUGGCCAACUCCUUGGCCCAGCAAGGCAACCCUCGCUUGGCGCAGUUCUGCACAAGCAUGGGUGAGGACCGCUUGGGUCAGCUGCUCAAUGCAGCACGUGGUGUCAUGGAAGCACCCACGCGUGUGGCCAUGCGCCAGCACUCCCGUUUGGACACCUUGCGGGACGCAGCCAUGACUAGUCCUUGCACCUGCAGCGGCGUGUGGGCUCCAGCUGCUCUUCGCACCUUGACCAACAACCAAGAGGAUGUGCGCAGGUUCUGCCAAGACGUCUGCCGCGCCCUGCAGUUGGGAGCUCGGGGGGCGUCAAUCUCGCAAUUGUCGACGUCCCAGGCAGCGGCAAAAAUGCUCCUUGAGCCCUUGGACGGCAUCUUUCAGGUCAUGGGGAAACCUGAAGCCCGGAGCUCCUUCCCUUUGGCCGGUGCUUUGGAUGCGCAGGUGUUGCUGUGGCAAGACUACAAGCACCAGGAUCAGACUGUGCUUUUUGAGGACUUGCUCUCCCUCACCGUGGGGUCAGGGGAAAUGAUCUCAGUCCAAUAUUUAGGGCUUCAAGUGCCACCCAAAAGAACCAGACCUUCCGCAACGUCGCGCCCCUCUUCUACACCUCCAACUUCCCGCUGCAGGUGCGCCGGCCUGACUUGGAGGAGGCCACGCGCUUGA